AUGCCAGGCGGGGGAGCCCCUCUCUCAGCUACACACCACAGCAUCACCGCCUCGCCUCACUGACACACACACACACACACACGCACACAAAAAGAGAAAAGGACAGAGAGGAGAGAGAAAUGCAAAGGGAUGUAAGAUGGCAGAGCUACAAAUGCUAUUAGAGGAGGAAAUCCCUGCCGGUAAAAGAGCUCUUGUAGAAAGCUACCAGAACCUGUCCAAGGUUGCGGAAUACUGUGAAAACAAUUAUGUUCAGGCUCAAGACAAGAAGAAGGCCCUGGAGGAGACCAAGGCCUACACCACCCAGUCUCUGGCCAGCGUGGCCUACCAGAUCAACGCCUUAGCUAACAAUGUGCUGCAGCUGCUGGACAUCCAGGCCUCGCAACUGCGACGCAUGGAGUCCUCCAUCAACCACAUCUCCCAGACGGUGGACAUCCACAAGGAGAAGGUGGCCCGUCGAGAGAUCGGCAUCCUGACCACCAAUAAGAACACCGCACGCACGCACAAGAUCAUCGCGCCCGGCAACAUGGAGCGGCCGGUGCGCUACAUCCGAAAGCCCAUCGACUACACGCUGCUGGAUGACGUGGGACACGGAGUCAAAUGGCUUAAGGCCAAGCAACAUGGGAACAAUGCAGCAGGAAGAGGAGGGACACUUUCCAGGACCACCCCACCCUCACAGAAACCCCCAAGCCCCCCCAUGGCUGGUCGUGGCACCCUGGGGCGUAACACUCCCUACAAGACCCUGGAGCCGGUGAAGCCUCCGGUGGUGCCCAACGACUACAUGACGAGCCCGGCCCGACUGGGCAACCAGCACAGCCCCGCACGCACAGCCUCGCUCAACCAGAGGCCCAGGACACACAGUGGCAGCAGUGGCGGUAGCGGCAGCAGGGAGAACAGCGGAGGCAGUGGAGGCGGUAUUCCACUGGCAGUUCCCACCCCCUCCCCUCCCAGUAUGGGCCAAGUGGUGACAUCCUCUGCCUCGGUGCCCCAGGGCCCCGGCUUGGGUCCCAUACCCAUGUCCCAGUUCGGCACCAUCUCCCGCCAGAUCUCCCGUCACAACUCUUCCACCACCUCCUCGGCCUCCAUGGUGUCAGCCACCGGCACCUACCGCCGCGCACCCUCCGUCUCUUCCCAGCAGCCCCACAUCAACGGGGGUCCUGCCUACCCACAGAACUCAGUGUCUGUGGCUCCUCCGCCUCCUCCUCCAAUGGUCCAGCUGACCCCACAGAUCCCUCUGACCGGCUUUGUUGCCAGAAUGCAGGAGAGCAUAACAGACAGCCCCGCCCCGCCUCCUCCGCCUCCCCCAGAGGACAUGGGUGUGUUUGAGGAGCCCUCUCCCCCUCCUCCUCCCCCACCUGUGGACUAUGAGGAAGAGGAGGCCGCGGUGGUCCAUUACAGCGACCCCUACGCUGACGGAGACCCCCUCUGGGCCCCCAAGGUUUAUUUAGAGAAAGUUGUGGCCAUCUAUGACUACAGCAAGGACAAGGAGGAUGAGCUGUCCUUCAUGGAGGGAGCCAUCAUCUACAUAAUCAAGAAGAACGAUGACGGCUGGUAUGAAGGUGUCGCUAACGGCGUCACCGGACUCUUCCCAGGAAACUACGUGGAGUCGAUCAUGCACUAUGCUGACUAAACACAAAAAAACACACCCAGAAUGGCACUGCAAGUUGUGAGCGGCGGUAAAACCGCGAGGAUGUACAGAUGUUUUGCAGUCCAGUGAUUGCGGUUCAUGAAUGAAGUGCCAUGGUGGAUUUUUCAAAUGCUUUUCUUUUUUUUGCGGGGGGGGGGGGGCUUGUGCUUGCACGGUUUUGUCAUGCUCCCAAAAAAAAAAAAACACACAAAAAAUGUGUCGCACAAAGACGGGGGGGUGCUGAAGCUUUGGACUGGGGUCUGUUAGUUUACACUGUGGCUGAAAGGGAGGAGACGAAGGCCUUUCUGCUGCCGCUGUUACACCCGCGUAGGUCGGCAGCACUUCUCAAACUUUUAACUGUCACAUUUUGCCUCGCGAGACAUUACGGAGUAAUUUCAAAACAAUGCCAAGUAAAUCUAGAUUGAGUGGUUUAGUGUAUAUGCAGCCAGUAUUUCCAGUAUGCAGUAGAUCCAGACAGUGAAGUAUUAGUAGGAUUUCAUGAGGCAGUGUAGCUCCCACCCCUUUAUUUGCACUGUAGACCAGCAGACCGACCGUUCCCUCCUUUCAAAAAACAUCCAUCAUACCUUACAAAAAAACAACAACAACAACCCGAAAAGGACAAACAGACAUCAACAAGUGCAUUAGGACACGACUGAAUGUUUGAUGCCGUCGAUGUCCAAAUCACAAGAUGUUUAAGAGGCAACAAAAGCAACCUGGAGUUGUGUAUUUACUAUGCUCUGUGUAUGUGGGGCUGCUGUCAACAAAGGGUCAACUGAGUGUAUAGAAUGCAUUACAAAAAAAAAAAAAAAAAAAGACGACCGCUUCUUCUUUCUGUUCUCUUGUAUAUAAACUGUGACGUGAGAAGCUGCCAGUACAGUACAUUUGUCAGUUGCUGUGUUUCACCUGUGAGUUUUCCAUCAGCGUCAGCGGAGGUGAUGCCGAGAUCGGAUGUUGUUUUCAAUUGAAUUGUUUAUUUUUUACUUGAAUAUUCAUUUUUAUUCAUCACUCACAGUGCCAUUUUAACUUCAUCUAUUUUUCUAUGUUCAGUCGCCACUAUAUCACGUUUGAUCAUCGCUGUCCAGCUACUGUAGCAGAGAUUGCUUCGCAAGGAGCAGCAGAGGAAGGACUAACCCGUGUGUGUACAUGUCCUUUUCCAUUGUGUUGGAAUAGCUGCACUGGUUAGUCAUCAACAACCGUGAUGACUUCACGAUUUCCCUUCUUUGCUUUUGAUUUUGACUCAUGAGUUGCUUAUCCAGAAGUGUCCCCUAAACCUUGACACUCGUCCAUUCCUUCAGUGGUGUGUGGUGCUUUACAUCGGUGCUAAACAACCUCAAACCAAGACUGCUGUAAAUGCUGUAGAAGUGGAACAAGGGGUUUAAAGUCGCAUUGCUUCGUUUCCAGAGGAUGAACAUUUAUCAGAUUUGAUUGUAAUCGUCUUCAAUCACCUCUGCAUUAUUUUAGUGAAUGUAAGCAACCCGGCAGUGAUGUGCUAUAGCUCGAUUCUGUCUGCUACUUACGGUGUGUUUAUGUCGAUCUACACGCAAGAUACAAGUCUGUGCUACAUAUGAAUGACCUGCUAACUGCAGUGAAGGAAUGAAUCGCAAUCCCGAGGUCUUAAAAACAGUGCCGAUAUGAAGACCUCUGUUCUGAUUUCUACUACUUUUCUUUUGCAAAAUAAGAUGCCUGCUCUUGAAAAGUGAUUGUUGGUUCAAGUAAAAAAAAACCUGCUGUCAAAUAUCAUUGAAGCUUAUCCCACAAUCAAUGUUUUUUUUUUAAACUAUCCACAUAAACACAAUCAUACAUACUUUGGGAAUAACGGGCAUUGAACACAUGCUUUUAUUUUGAAAUGGAUAAUGUGUUGCGAGGGGAUUAUUAUCCAGAGGUAACAUUUUCAGGUUUCCACACAGACAAUGACUCAAAUCAACAGUAUUCAUUCAGCUAAGAAAAGUCUCUAAUCAUCGUUACAGUGAAUGAUUUGCCACUACAUCCCAUUCUUGAUUGUAUUUUUUCCAUCAUGAGGUAAUCUUUUGUGAGAAAACAACUUUUUCUACCUAAUGUAUUUCUAGCUUCGCAUUCAACUUGUUCUUUGUGUGUCGGAUACUGCUGAGGAACGUCCGCUAGCAGUUUGUAUGUAACGGAUUAAUUUAUACUUUUUUCAUAGAGAAAUCAUGAGACAACCACUGAUGACUUUGUAAUGUUUACCACUUAACGUCUCGCAUUUCAGGGCAUCACAGGUCAAGGCGCCUUUCUUUGAUGAGUGUUUUCUUAAUGAUGAAACGUGGGUGGGGGGGAAAAAAAAUCAGUAACUUAAAUGUUCAUGGGAACAGAAACUAAUAUUUGUCUUCUCCUCUCAGUUUGUACAUAUUAUGUGUUCAUUGAAAUUUAUGUACAGUCUUUUUUUAAUAAACAGCUCAUUGAAACAGUGGA